AUGGCGUGUAGGGUGUGUAGAUUGUGUGGCUUCAGGGAAGACCAAUGCCAUUGUCAGCAUGCUAGCCAGGAUUUACCUCCCAACCCUCGGUACAUAACCACCAACAACAUUUUUCGCCCUGAUGGCUACUCAAACUUAGUCCAUGAGGCCUAUGUUAGCAAUGUCCCCUAUUGUUCUCAAUCAGUGGAUUCAAGUCCUAUUGGAAACCAGUCCACACACCAGUUUCAAAAUCCAUGCAUCCCUUAUUCCAGUGGUUACGCAUCAUUCACUCAAUCAUUCUGCACUUCAACUGGAGAACCCUAUGAUUCCCCGUCUCUCUCUCUCGAUCCAGGAGCAUUCGCCAACAAUGCGCAUUUACAUGUACCAAGUGUCGGGUGGAUGAAACAAAGUCAUGUGGGCAAUGAAGCGAUUCAAUCGAGCUUUGCGAAGCCAGGGCAGUCAAAUGAGCCUGAAGCGGGGUGGCAGAGUUUGGGGAAUCCAGAUACACAGCACUAUUUCAAUACUAAAUACCCCUCAACCAAUUACACUUCGAUAAAAAGCUCGCAAGCGUAUUCCCUUAGUGGGUGUGAUUCAUCAGGAUAUGUAAGCAACUGGGAGCAAGAUCUAAGUCAGCAGAACAACCUUGUGGCUUCAGUAAAUGAAGUAAUGCAAGUCGCUACAGAAGAUAAUAGCCGAAUGAACCAAGCAGAUAUUAUUUUGAGAGGUCAUAAGCCUUCCGAUACAUCGGAGGCUCAAUAUGCUUUCGUCAAUAUGGCCCAAUCGCAGUAUUCACCUUCCUAUUCAUACGAUCAUUCUCGAAUCCAGGAAGUCGCCACAAAUCAUGAGCCAGCAGCUUUGGACAACCAAAACCAAUAUUCACCAUCAGGCACUAUAAUUGAUCAGUGUCAGUUUCCUUGCAAGUGUCCACAUGAAAAGUGUAGGCGCAACAAUACAAAGAUCUUUACAGACUCUUCCGGCUUGCAAGCCCACUGGUAUAGAGCACAUGAAAAGCGAUUCUUAUGCCCAAGGUGCAAUGCGAUAUUCGGCACAACUGCGGAAGUCAGGCGUCACUCGACAGCUAUCCAUAUCGAUGGCCCUAAGGAAUUUACUUGCGAUAUCCCACGUUGUGCUGGCCGCGCAAAGGAGUUCAACAGAAAGCAUCGCUUAAAGGAACACAUGGAGAAAUGGCAUGGCUUUUACUCCUGUUCUGCUGUGGAUUGCUCUCGGGGUCCUGGACACGGUUUUAAGGAUCAGGCAUUGCUGAAAGAUCACCUAUUAAAAUCUCAUGGCUAUGGUGAACUUAGGUGA